AUGAACACCCGCAGAGUUGGAGCCAUUCAACCGGACGAAGUCCCAACGUUUUUGUUGAUAUUUGGUUUCAUCACCAGAAUGUUGGAGAUAAGUGAAGAUUGUGAUCCGAGUUGGAUUUGUCCUUCUACAAGCUCAUCAACUAUUUCCCAAAAACCAUCUGCUGAUCACUCGGAUACUAUAUCUGGAUGGAGUGAAAUAGUAGAGUUUUAUCAUGCAAGUGCUUCUGAACCAGGCACCUCAUCCGGUCACAUCUCAAGUAGGAAAAGAUCGUACAAUGAACCGCAACCUGCACACACAGGAGAUAUCAAGUUUUCCAAGAAUAUCAACAACGGAUGCACCGUCACUUGUCCUAUUUGCGGAUAUCCUAUAAAGUCGAGUUGGCCACAAGAUAGUGAGCACACUCUCGGAAAACUAGUAAAACAUUUGCUGGAGCAUGAAGGAGCGUUGGAUAGUUCACGGAAAGCCUCUUGUAUGUUAUGUUACAAUUUUCUCCCGAAGUCAAAACUUGACGAUCACUAUAGGGAUUUUCACGGCGAACCGCCUGAGAAGUACUGUACCACGGAGGUAUUUUGUUUUACUAAUUCGGUACAUCGCUAUCAAGAUUUAAUAGAUAGAUACUAUCAAACACGAAAUAUGGAAUUGUCGACAGUGCAGAAAUGUUCUAAAAUAUCCGAGGAUUCGCUUUUCACAGGCUAUCCUACUAGCAGAAGUUUAGAAAAGUGUCGUGCGAAGUGGCGCAAGAAGUUCGACUCCACUUCCGACACAAAAUUCCUGUUUCGUUUCAGAGCUAGCCGACAUUCCAGAACUCCUUUAGCUUGGAUCUGCCCGCUGUGCGAAGAUUCUGUAGCCUUCUCGAGAUGUUCUUCCUUUUCUAACGAUAUAUCCCUGCGACUCUUCACACUCCGCCACUUUUCCUCUGAACACAAGGAAGUAGAGGCUAUAUCUGCAGCACUUCCGCAAGAAUGGGAGAUUCUAGCUCGUGAAGUCGGUUUUGAUCUGGAGCAUCAUGUAACAAAUAGCUUGGAGCAGCUCCAGCAGACGCAGCGGAGCUGCCAUUUCUACACACUGAGGAGUUUGCAUCGAGCCGAUAAAGAUCGUUUGAUAUGCGAGAUGGUCGGAAGAACUGCAAACAAGGAAGAUGUCAGUUCAUCUGAAUUUGUAGUAUGCGCAGUAUGCUUCAACCCAUUACGUAGGAUGUCCCUGUUUAGGCAUUUUUCUUUGGGAGAACACAAGGAACUAAAAGUACAUGCAAAUGAAGGUGAAUUUCGUGAAGUGUCUGAAAUCGCCGAGGCAUCGAUGAUGACUUCUGAAAAUUUUCCUUAUGUGGCGCUACGCUAUUCUAAAGUAUACCGAAUAAGAGAACUUGGAGAUAGCGAGUCUUUAACUUUCAUGAAAUGGCGUUGCAUUCUACCCUGUCGGAUGUCUGGCCAUGUUGAUGAUGUACUAGAAUUUCCAACUGUACAAAUGUUGAAGAUUCAUGCUAUGAAACAUUUUCAAACAUAUCAUGACCGUCUCUUCAAGGAGGGGUACCUAGAUUAUGAAUGGGAGAUUUUGAGAAGAGAACUUCCAAGCUCAGCUAAAGCUCGCCACUAUUCUCCUUUAACUCAAAGUUUUGACAAUGAGCCGUUUGAUACAACGAACCCGAAUCACUUCAUUGUUCCUUUCAAAGCGAAUUUGCUUCCAAGAUCUUUUAGCGAUGUUCAGAUAUGUGGUUUUUGUUUUUGGUGCGGAUACUCCUCACAAUUUCUCGGCCACAUAGUUUGUCACGGCUAUAUUGAUAUAGGAAUUGCACUGACGGAUAGGUUUUCUAAAUCACAAUUCCUGUCGUUGGAAUCCUCGAACGAAACUGAUGAUGCCGUAGAUAUCGAGAUAGAAAUUCCCACGGAAAUCUUGGGCUCAGUUGGGCUUGAACUUCAUCGGCAUCAAUGUGAGAGCAAAGAGGAUUCGACAGCCUUAUCAGAAGCAUAUCUUAAUGAUCACACUGGUAGCGAUCAGGAACCAACAUCUUCUGACGCUCCGUUCAAUUCGUUGGGUGUGGUAAAUAAUUCGGCUGAGUCUACUCAUUCAGAUUCGAAACCAAAAAGAUGCGCCGCCGAUUCAACGACACCCGUUGGCGAUGAGUCAGACAAUAGCUCUCUCAAUGACCUCUCUAUCUGCAAUGAAAGCAGGCGACGGAUAUCUAGACAUCCUCCAGUGGAAAACCCUGGAAGCACCUUAGCGCAUACGUGCACAUCAGGCUCUGUUUCUUUUGUUGAUCCUUUGCGAACCGCCCCUGCAACAUCAAACGACGAAGCCAUUGAAUUGGAUUCUUCUGUGAAUACAGACGUAGCCAGCAGUCGCGAUGUCGAUGCCCAUAAAGCAUCUAUACUAAGGAAAUUCGAGUGGGAGGGACCUCCUCCACCACCUUUAGAUGCUGAGAAAACAGGACAACUCAUGAUGUUGUCACGUAAUGAAUGCCCAUUCUGCCCAGCCGCCAAUGGUUCUCGAGGUUUGCGUGUCCCUGCAUUUGCUAAUGAUGAAAUCAAAGAAGAAAAUAUGAAGAGAUACCGGUUGUCCAUUGGCGAGCACGUGAACCCCUUGAAAUUUCUUUUGGAUCCUUCUCAGGACGGGAAUCUACUUUGUUCGUCGUGCGAAAAGGCUUCGUUUCCAAAGCUUUCGAAUCUUCGGGUCCACUGGAUCCGUUGUGUGGAAGUCUGUGGUCGGUACAGAAAAGACUUGCGACUAGGACGAUUAGUCUUAGAGUCGCCGACAGUAUCAACAACACCUAAACAGCGCAGCAAGAAUCCACCCGUAAAGUGUCCGCUUUCAAAUUGUAUUUCGGCUUGGCGUCCAAGUUUCAUUUAUCCGAAUUCUGUUGGACAGCUGUCACACAUGUUGGCCAGGCAUCUUGUUGAAAAACAAGCCUAUGACAUAGCCGUAGAAAUUGGAAAAACUGAACGCCUUGACAAGGUUUUUCCUUACUUGGACGUAUCGAAAUCCUUCACAAACACCUUGAACCACCCAAAGACUUUGUGCCUACAAUGUUCAAAGUGUGAACACGGCUUCCGCACACCAAAUGAGCUGGUGCAACAUGCGAAACGCUAUCAUCCAACAGACGAACAUUACUCUGGAGCCCCAAAGUGUCCCUUCAGUUGCGAUAAGAGGAUGCAACGUCGAUUCCACGGGAUGUCUGACGGGGUCUUGAGACUGCUUCAUGUGUUUAAAGUUCACUUGGACAUGCAAGAAGCUGUCAAAUGGAUUCAACAUUGGCCUGAGAGAUUCGGUUCAAUCAUGGAAAGUGAGCAAGUUUACAAGUUCGACGUGCUGAAAUCUCUUGAAAGUUCUAUUUCUACUGCAUCUGCGAUGAUCAGCUGUCUCUUCUGCAAAGAGCUAAUUCCAGUCGAUAAUUACUUGAAACGACAUCGGAAACCGGGAAGUCCCUGCUUUGAUGAAACAGAUGGAGCGAAGUCUGGGAAGGUGUUGGCGUUGACAGCAAGGAGCAAAGCGCUUUCCUCUCGCGUUUUACCUUGUUCGACAAGAAGGGAUGUCUGGAAGAACAUGCCCUCUGUGAGACGAAAGAUGCGGCAUUGCGAUUACUGCUCAAGAGGUGUUCCACUGAGUGACAAAUACUCCGAUGAGGUUUCAUUUCUCCUACACGUUGUUCAUGCUCACGUGCAAAAUGAAGUUGCAGUAAAAUGGGUUAAAUCGAGGGAUUACCAUACCUACGUAAGAGAAUUCCCUUAUAUUGACGUCAUAGCUACAUGUGAUGCAUCUCGUGAACGUGGAAAACCCGUCCUACAUUGUGCCAUUUGCAAUUUUACAACUGAUACAUCUCGCAGAAUGAUGCACCAUGCGAGAUUACACGGGGAAUUAAUGCGAAAUGAUAGCAAUUAUCCUGAUCGCUGCUGUGCUUGCGGAAAUGGGAUACCAGCGUGUAAUCAGGUGAAGGAAUCUUUUCAGCGACUUUGUCAUGUUCUGACAAAUCAUGUCGAGGAUGAAAAUCUCGUACGAAAAAGUGUCACUGCUUACGAGAUCGACUAUUCUGCUGAAGGUGGUGUCAGAAUAUUAGACGCACAAAGAAGUCUGGAAUCGUCCAACGGACGCAGGGCCGUCUUCGUUUGUGCUAGUUGCGGAUUAUCUUUUUUAAAUGGCUACGCGCUCAUAAACCACGCGAAAAUUCAUGAAAGACAUGAAAAUGUGGAGAAGAAGCGAGUGUUGGAAAGAAAGCCUCCUACUGUUUGUUCGUACUGCAACAGAAUGUUGUUGUGCUCUACACGUUAUUCCCCACGAAUUACACUCCUAGCGCAUUUUGUUAAAUUUCACAGAUUGUCGCAGGAGAAUCUGAAGGAUUUUGCUGCUAAAUGUUCUACCUGGAAAAUCGUAUCAGAGUUUCCCUAUAUUGACCCAGUUGUAUCGAUCAACAAAGGAAAACUACAGUGUGCAUUAUGCGAAGCCUCAUUUCCUGACACUUCCCAGAUGCUGAAGCAUGCGAUGAUUGUGCAUGAGGCAAACGAACCGAGCGUUACUAAUGAAGAAAUAGAUCUGGAAGGAGAUCUAUCAUUACAUCAGCCUGAAAAUGAAGAAGACGAACAACCUUCGCGCACUAUUCUCUACUCAGAAACGGCAAGAGAAGCUGGGAGUUUUGGCGGAGUUUCAAAAACAUCCGAGACCAUCGAUGCUUCAGUCCCAAUCACCCAAGACAAGCAAAACUCCGCUGAAACUAGCGACUCAAAGUUUUCUGCUGAUGAAAGGGGAACUAAGGUCUCGUACGCAUUGCGCACACCCAAGAAGGAGUUAAAAGUGGAAUCCAUUCGACGAGAGUCCCGAUCUUAUGCUCCUUCUAACACAAGAAUACCGCAGUUACCAUCCUCUUCAGAUGAAGAAGCUAACAGAGAAUGGUGUCCAGAUCACACGAUAUGUGAUGCUGAAGCAAGCAGUGUGACUGAAGCUCAGGAUCCUGAGCUCAAAGUAGGCAGCACGAUCAGCCAUCAAACGCAAGAAGAUGAAGAUGACGACAGUAGCUGCAGUUUGUCCGAAGGCAGCCAAUCUCUUACCCAACAAUCCUGUGCUGCAUCUGCGUUAAGUGACAGUAUGCACCCGAAAAUCAUCGAUACGCAGUCUACUUCUCUAGCUGUACCGUACACUAGCACACCAAAAUCCGAGAAACCUAAUCGUACGUCCAGCUCUACGAAUAAAACAGGUUCUAUAUUGUCGUGGUUAUCACCAGUGGACCGAUCAAUAGUGCCCUCACGACGUGCAGAAUUGAUCCUUGAGCCGAACCUGAGUACAACAUCGGGGCGAAAUAUAAGAGAUGCACUCAACAAUGCUUGUGGAUCCUUGGAUUCGACUGUUUUUAAGGUGAAACCACCCAGCCAUAUUUCUGGCGAGGGAACACUGUUUGAUGAAUUGCCUCAACGUAUUGUUCAGAAGAUUGCCAUGCAAUCGAAGCCACCAGAUGACAUUAGCCAUAUUGUGGGAGCAAAGGGGUACCCGUGCAAUUUCUGCGGAUUCAAGGGUCGCACUGUUAAUGACAUCAGAAGACACACCAGUAUGUCCCAUUCGAAAGUUCUACCUUCCUUAUCUACGAAAAUUGUUUCUCCAUGUCAUUUGUGUAAUGAGAUAUUCGAAAAACGAACAUUGUUACUAAAGCAUAUCACAGACUUUCACGCCGACGUUCCGAAACCAUUCAGAUGUGCGUACUGCUCGAAAACGUAUGCAACCUCACAGAGGGUGCGUGAACACGAAAGACGAUCCCAUGAAUCACGAUUGUUUCUUGAUGCAGCAAAUUUGGUUUGCCCUCACUGUGAUAAGGAAUUUGAUAGCAAAAGGAAUCGAGACGAGCACGUCAAGAGACAUAGCAACCCUGAUAGUACAUUAGGUAGAGGAUUUUAG